CUGUCACUUGACAGCAGCGCACAUGAACAUCAAUGCCGCUGAAGCUGGAGUUGACCGCCCGCUGACAUUACGUCGUUUCGUCUUCUGCUCGGUGUUUUCCAUCAAACGGGGCGAGGGCAUGACAGGAUACCUCGUCAUCUCCACGGACUACUAGCUACGACCGCGUAGGAGGAGGGCUAGCGUCGGGCUAACGGCAGCUAGCUUGCAGGCGGUGAGCGGAGUGUGCUGCCGCUUUGUGCCGUCAUAUGGCGAGCGAAGGCCGGCGUGGAGCGGAUCUGUUAGUCCGGAGCGAUUAGCUACAGAAGAAAAAAAAAAAGCGUAAUUUAUCUGUCAUUUUAAUGUUUUAUUCUAAGCGUGAAUUAUAAGUCGUUGCUCAUUUCUCCGCGGCGGUUUACGCCUUUCAAGUCGCUUUUGUUUACUUUUUUCAUUUUUUAUUUUUAUCGCGGGUAGCUACCUAGCAGGCUAAUCGGCUAUGCUAACGCCAGCUCACUGAAAGCUCCAGACGCGUCGAGGAAGGGCAGAGCGCUGAUGUGGGCUGCAGAGGACAGAAAGGCUGCUUUAGGUGAAUGAGAACAGCCUUGCUAGCUUUUGUUACUUCGUUUAGCUUCAGUGUGGGACUUUAAAAGGUGAGCACUCCUUUGGGUUUGCGAGCGGACCAAAUGAACGGUGUUGAUAUUGUUGAGCUGUGAGCUGAAGACACUGUAUCAUCACCAUCGCUGCAUCCACCAGCCAGUUUGCGUGAAUAUGGCUUCGGCAGGAGGCAUCGCCGCAUCUAUUGCGAGCAAAACGAAGACGAAGAAAAAACACUUCGUCGCCCAGAAAGUGAAGCUGUUCCGCGCCAGCGACCCGCUGCUCAGCGUGCUGAUGUGGGGAAUCAACCACUCGAUAAACGAGUUAAGCCAUGUUCAGAUUCCCAUCAUGCUUAUGCCAGAUGACUUUAAAGCCUAUUCCAAGAUUAAAGUGGACAACCACCUCUUCAACAAAGAGAACAUGCCUAGCCAUUUCAAGUUUAAGGAGUACUGCCCUCUCGUGUUUCGAAACCUCAGGGAGAGGUUUGGCAUCGACGAUCAGGAUUUCUCGAACUCUCUGACGCGCAGCGCCCCCUUGAACAGUGAAGCCCAGGGCCGCAGCGGGGCCCGCUUCCAUACCUCCUAUGACAAGCGCUACGUCAUCAAGACCAUCAGCAGCGAGGAUGUGGCCGAGAUGCACAACAUCUUAAAGAAAUACCAUCAGUUUAUUGUGGAGUGCCAUGGCAACACGCUGCUGCCUCAGUUUCUGGGGAUGUACCGACUCACGGUGGAUGGAGACGAGACCUACAUGAUUGUUACACGCAACGUCUUCUCCCACCGCCUUUCCGUCUACAAAAAAUAUGACCUCAAGGGUUCUACUGUGGCAAGAGAAGCCAGCGACAAGGAGAAGCAGCCACCCCCACCAGAGGAUGUGCCCCCGCGGCCCAAAUCUGGUAACGUUCAGCAAAGGCUGCAAACACUGCGGAUUGCCACGCGCUUUUACUGCGCCAUGAAACACGUAAGAGAUGCCAAGGAGCUGCCCACCUACAAGGACAAUGACUUCAUCAACGAUGGGCAGAAGAUUUACAUCGAUGGGGAGAACAAGAAAAUGUUUUUGGAGAAGCUUAGGAAAGACGUGGAGUUCCUGGCCCAGCUCAAGCUCAUGGAUUACAGUCUGCUGGUGGGGAUCCACGACGUGGAGCGAGCUGAGCAGGAGGACGUGGAGAGCGAGGACAACGAAGCAGAGGAGGAGGGCGAGAGUGACGGAGGGGGUAUUGGGACACCCCCAGACAGUCCCAGCAACACCCUGGACAGCACCAAGCCCCUCUCACCUGGAGAGUUUGAUCCUACCAUUGACGUCUACGCCAUCAAAAGCAACGAUGGCGCUCCGAGGAAGGAGGUGUACUUCAUGGCUGUUAUAGACAUCCUGCAGCAUUAUGACGCCAAGAAGAAAGCUGCGCACGCCGCCAAAACUGUCAAACACGGGGCCGGAGCCGAGAUCUCCACGGUGAACCCGGAGCAAUACUCCAAGAGAUUUUAUGACUUCAUCACCACCAUCCUGUCAUAG